UUUUCGAUGAUUCAUUGUGACGAUUUCACAAUUUUGGCAUUGUUUAUGUCAAACAUGUGAACAGUUUAGCAAACAGUUUCAUUUGAAUGUUUUUUUUUUGUAUAGUUGUCGUACGUUAAUUGUGCGAUAAAUGAUGUAGUUGUCGCCGUAAGGGGAGGAAAAUAAAUUCUCAUAUCAUUUAGCAAAUACGACAGUAUCGCUAAAGCGUUGCAUGCUUUGAAUCAAAGCCAUUGAUUUUAAACUCAGUUUUAUAUGUGAUGUAAAAGAAUGUUUUAGUGAUAUUAAUGACUGUAUAAAUGCAUUUUUUGUAAAACAAAAACAAAGUGAUGGAAGUAGAAAAUCAACGCAAAAUGAGAACAACACCAGUCCAUUCAAGUGACGAUGACUACAGUGAUUCGGACAAUGCCGAAUCAAUGCGUGAAACAUUGAUACAUAAUGGAGCAACGCCUUCGUUUAGACAAAUUAAGCAAAAAACCUUAUCAAAAUACGAAAGCUUAGACUAUGAAAUUUGUGACAAUGAGUUAUACCAAAAUGACACCAAAUUCAGAGAAUCUCAUGCUGGUUCCCAUAAAGAUUUCGUGCGAUGGAUGCUAUUUAUUUUAAUUGGUAUUUUGACGGCUUUAAUUGCUUGCUUCAUUGACAUUGUUAUCGACCAAUUAUCAAUCGUGAAGUACAGCUUCUUGAAAAAUGCCGUUGACUACAAUGUUCUUAACGGUGAUCUGUAUGUACCUUACUUAUACUAUGCAUUAUGUUCUGCGAUUCCGGUUGCGUUUGGAGCAAUUUUGGUGACCUACAUCGAGCCAGUCGCUGCUGGCAGCGGGGUACCAAUGGUGAAAUGCUAUUUAAAUGGUGUAAAAGUGCCACGAGUUGUACGAAUAAAAACAUUGUUUGUUAAAGUGAUUGGAGUAAUAAUGUCGGUUGUUGGAUCAUUAGCUGGAGGCAAAGAAGGCCCAAUGAUUCAUGCCGGUAGUGUAGUUGCGGCUGGCAUAAGUCAAGGCAAAAGUACGACAUUCCGCAAAGAUUUCGGAUUUUUUCGUUAUUUUCGUGACGACCAUGAAAAACGCGAUUUUGUGGUUUGCGGUGCAUCGGCUGGCGUUGCUGCGGCCUUCGGUGCCCCAAUCGGUGGUGUAUUAUUUGCACUCGAAGAAGCCGCAUCAUUUUACAAUCCAAAUCUCUUUCUACGUACAUUGAUUGCAUCAAUUAUAAGCUCAUUUACAUUAAAUUUGGUAUUGAGUUUGUAUCAUGGAUUAAAAACAUUCGCAUAUCCCGGUUUAUUCAAUUUGGGCCAAUUCGAAGCAUUGCCGUACUCUUAUUAUGAAAUCCCAAUAUUCAUGUUGAUGGGCUGUGUUGGCGGUAUAUUUGGCGCACUUUGGGUUUAUGUGAAUACGAAAAUGAGCAUCUUUAGAACAAGAUUCGUGAAAAAAAAAUGGGCAAAGGUGGCCGAAGCAGUUCUAGUGGCAAUUUUAACUGCUACCGUGGCAUGCGUUAUGAUGUUUACAAUAAAUGAUUGUAGGCCACUUGGAGUCGAUCCGACGCUUCAUCCUGUGCAACUGUUUUGUAAAGAUAAUGAAUAUAAUGCGGUUGCUGCACUCUGGUUUCAAACGCCUGAAGCAUCGGUCAAAGCACUAUUUCACGAUCCACCCGGGUCACAUCAACUGCUCACCUUAAUGGUGUUUGUGGUUAUUUAUUAUCCAUUAUCAUGUAUUACAUAUGGUUUGAGUGUUUCCAUGGGCAUUUUUAUUCCAACCCUAUUAGUUGGUGCUGCUUGGGGACGUGUCACAUCGACAAUUUUAUCAUUUACUUUUCCGAAUGCGGCAUUCAUCCAACCGAGCAAAUAUGCGUUGAUCGGCGCCGCAGCUCAAUUGGGUGGUGUAAUGCGGAUGACAUUAAGUUUGACGGCCAUUUUAAUCGAAUCAACGGGCAAUAUAUCCUUUGCUCUACCGCUAAUUGUAACAUUCACUUGUGCCAAAUGGAUGGGUGAUCUUUUUACAGAAGGAAUAUACGACACACAAAUUGCUGUUUCCGAGGUCCCAAUGUUGGGUUGGCGUGUAAAGCGACCGUACCGUUGCUUAAAAGCAGUGCACAUUAUGUCAGCGCCACCAGUUUGUAUACAACUCCAUGAUAAAGUUUCGCGAAUCGUUGACAUUCUCAAGAAAUAUCCACAUAAUGGUUUUCCUGUCGUCGAUAAUAUUAGCGAAGAUGGUACACCCGGACAUUUGUGCGGCCUUAUUUUACGUUCUCAAUUGGUUGUGAUUAUUUUCCAUCGAUACUUUGUUGAGCUUGAGCGCCAAUGGCUCCCCGAUGUCACCAUCGAAACAUUCCGCAAUGAAUAUCCACGAUAUCCAUCGAUUGAACUCGUGCCAAUUUCGCCAAAGGACCUAAAGUAUUCAAUUAAUUUAAAGAUAUUCAUGAAUCGGUCAGUCCAUAGUGCCAUGGAAAAUGCAUCGGUUGCGAAAAUCUUCGAAAUUUUCCGUGCACUGGGGCUGAGACAUUUGAUUGUGGUCGAUAAAAAGAACGAUGUCAGAGGUGUGAUUACACGCAAAGAUUUCCUAUAAAUACGUAUCAUAAAUAUAUAAAUAUAAUACGCCAGAAGUCGAUAUUUAAAGUUUUUGAUACUUUUAUAAUUUUAGAAAUUUAAUCCAUUUUCGAUAUUAAAUAAAUAAAAGAACAUAAUCAACA